AGAUUCUAGAAGUAGCAAGAUAUUGAAAAUAUGCUUGAUGGAGGGGUUCUCAAAACCCCAAUUGGCACCAAGAUUGAAGCAGCGACCCGUAAAGAGUUACCAGCCACAGAUUGGUCAUUGAAUUUGGAGAUUUGUGAUAUGAUUAACAGUGCUCAAGAUGGACCACAACAAGCGGUUAAAGCAAUUAGAGCUCGAUUACAACAGAGAGAUGGGGUGAUUGUAGACAACGUCCUUACUCUAUUGGACACACUGGUGAAGAACUGUGGAAGAAGAUUCCACCUGUUGAUAGCUACAAGGGACUUUAUGUGCGAUCUCAUCCGACUAGUUUCACCAAGGGACCCAACACCUCAACAUGUUAAAGAUAAGGCUCUGACACUGAUAGAACGUUGCUCGGAUGCGUUUAAGAGCGACAAAGAUUUGUCCGCUGUGGGAGAAGCGUACCAGUACCUGAAGUCUCAGAGCGUACAGUUCCCUCCACAGAACCUCGAUGAUAUGGUGGCUAUUCACACUCCUAGAGCGAGUCAGUCUGGUCCAGAGCCGGCACAAAUGGCACAAAUGGCACCGGUCCCUACAUCAACAGAUGCUCCACCAAACUACAUCAUGGUGACACAUACAGUGCCUGCCCAACCCACAGGAUAUACGCCUCAACCUGCACCCCCUGCCGCCGCCGCCUACAUUCCUCAAGCGGCACCACCGGCCCCUUACAUUCCUCAACAACCUGCUGCUCAGCAGGGAAACCCUGGGAAUCCUGGUUAUCAUACCUCUGGAAUACGGCACGAUGAUUUGCAGCGACUAAACAAGGAGCUGCUGGUAGUAAGAGGUAACGACAGUGUAAUGAAUGAUAUCCUAGCAGACCUGACCAGCAACCCCAACCCUAGCGCAGACGAGUUACAGUUACUGCGGGAUUUACACAGGACCUGCAAGGAGAUGCACACUAGGAUGGUAGAACUGUUAUCUCAAGUGGAAGAGGAGGGUUUGGUUUGUCAACUUCUGGAUCUCAUUGACAAACUCAACAACUCUUUUAUUAGGUAUGAUCGUUACGAGCGCAACGUGACAAUGGCAGCUCCCGCCGCUGUAACCGGUGGUCCAGCCCCACUCCCACAACCCGCAACUCAACCUGCUACACAACCACAACCUGCACCUGCAGCACAACAGCAGGACCAAGAACCCGCAGGAAACAUCUACGCAGCGCCCGAACCCCAGCGUAGAUCUGAUAUCGAGGAGUUGCUGUCAUUAAGUGUACCCACCCCCACAACUCAGUCGACAAAUCCAUUCCAAGAGUUUGUAAAUGCUCCAGUUUCUCGCCUACCCCCGGUUAGCGGCCAAGAGGACGAUGAAAAUAUCUACACCACAGCUCCCGCUAAAAUACCAGCCAAGCCAACUGAAACGGAAUUUGCGAGUGUUUAUGAGUAUCAUGAUAGGAAUAUUCGUAGCGCUCCCUUGAAUCCUUUCCAAGAAGAUAUACACGUUUCACUGGAGAGCAACAUGGCUAAUCUCAGUGCGUCAGGGAAUAACGCAAAUGACGAGUUUGAUAUGUUCGCUCAGUCUAGAAGUUCAACGCUAUCCGAUCGAGCUCAAGCCUCCGGAAGUGAAGUGGCGUAUGAGGCUGCUCACGACGUGCCUCAAGAGGGGUCCCUAGCAGGGGCUGUACAUUCAAGUAUAAAUGAACCUACGGACGGAUCACCGGUAGAUCCGACAGAUGACCACUGGUUACAUGAGCUCAAUACUGUGGAGUCUACAUCUCAGGCUAUGUCAAAUGAAGAGUUUGAUAGGUUCCUCAACGAGAGAGCUCCCGCUCCCCCGACUACUGCCUUGACCACGUCCAACAAACAAUCCCGCAAACAAGACGACGAUUUGUUGGCUUUGUGAGAAAGUUCCCGUCCACGUGAAUCUUUCUCUCAUAGAGUCAUGUGAACUUUCAGUGUAUCAGUUGAUAGAAUUUGGUGAAUUUGUUACUCAGCUGUGUAUAGAACUGUGAAUAUAAAGAGAAACGUUAGUGACAGUAGACAUUUUUGUUUCAUUGUGUUGCUCAUUCUUGUUUUAGUGGUUUGACUUUUAUUUCGUUUUGUUGUUAAAACGAUGGGGAAGUACGUAUUUUGAUGUCAAAUUUGAUGACAAAAUUAUCAUAUUUCAGACUGAAAGUAGUGGUACAUUAUUUGAAUCUGUUUCGCGGGGUACAAUCAUUAUUGAGAGGGAAACUAAUUUGGCAUCAUAUCAUUUGUAUUGAAUCUUAAAUGGAAGAAUUUGUUUGGUAUCAUGACUCCUAUUCAAAAUGAAAUCAUCUCUAGUAUUUUGUGGAUUUUAUCAGGAAAAAAAUGUGAUGGAAUUGUUAUGAACGCUUUUCUUGUAGAAUGUAGAUGGUGAAGAGUUUUGAACAGGCUAAAGUUUUCGGUUUUGAGCUGGACUCACGAGAGAGUUUCAGUCAUUUAACUAUAUAUUACUAUAUUAUACUGCGACUGGUUAUGAAUACUAUCGAUUUCAUUGAUAAAUUUGACAGUUUUCAGUCCUUAAAAGUUAAA